CCUGGUGCCUGCGUCGCCAGCCCCAAAUGUGAUUUACUGUUCGUCCAUUAAUUAAUCGUGUAUGCAACAAAGGUGCUGCUUGGUAUACAGAGCAUUUCUGCACCUUCUUGGAUUCCCUUUGGCUUCUUGUAUCUCCAUUCUCUUCCUCUACCCUCCACAUAGCGAUUGUCAUGAGAUCUCUCGCGCUUCUGGUCACCUCGCUGGCCGCUUCCGUUUGCGCUCGUUCAGUUGAUACUCACGCUCAGCAAGCAAUUACUCCUGAACAGGAACAAACUGCCAUUCAGGAAAGAUUUUUGAUUGAACUGAGUCCAGGGGAAACGAAAUGGGUGCUGGAGGAGGAAAAAUGGGAGCUCAAGAGAAAAGGAGUCAAGUUUAUGGAUAUCACCGAAACUCGAGACACAUACCCAAUCACUAUCCAAUCAAAAACGGCGGCGAAUGCGAUCGUCUAUCCCUCAAAACCUGAGCACAAGCACGAGGUCAAGGCAUUGAUGAAGACGUUGGACAAGGACAACAUGCGCAAGCACCUUGAAGGCCUCACGGCGUUUCACACCCGCUACUACAGGAGCCAGUACGGCAUUGAUGCCGCGCUGUGGCUGCAUGACCAGAUUGAGGCAGUCAUUGAAGCAUCCGGUGCAUUCAACUACAGUGCUUCUCUGAGCUUGUUUCCGCAUUCGUGGGGUCAGUCGAGUAUUAUUGCUCGGUUCCCUGGGCGAACAAAUCACACAAUUGUGAUCGGUGCACAUCUGGACAGCGUCAAUAUGUUCUUCCCCUACCUCCGUGCUCCCGGUGCCGAUGAUGAUGGCAGCGGGACGGUGACUAUCCUCGAGGCUAUGACGGCGCUGCUGGAGUCGGACAAGAUUGUCAACGGCUCGAGUGAGAACACGAUCGAGUUCCACUGGUACUCGGCCGAGGAAGGAGGUCUCCUUGGAAGCCAGGCGAUCUUCAAAUCCUACAGUGAAGAAGGAAAGGAUAUCAAGGCCAUGAUCCAGCAAGACAUGACAGGCUAUAUCGAGCAGACCCUUGCGCACGGUCAGCCUGAAUCGGUCGGAGUGAUUACAGACUUUGUGGACCCAGCUCUGACCAAAUUCGUCGAAGGCAUCAUCACCGCCUACUGUGACAUCCCUUACACUUUGACCAAAUGCGGAUAUGCUUGCUCCGACCAUGCUUCGGCGAGCAAAUACGGCUAUCCCUCAGCAUUUGUGAUCGAGUCGGAUUUUGAAUAUUCAGACAAGAAAAUCCACACCACCGACGAUCUCAUCAAGUACCUGAGCUUCGACCACAUGCUUCAACAUGCGAAGAUGACGCUGGGGUUUGCAUAUGAAGCUGCUAUGGCCAAGUUCUGAGCAGGCGGUGAUCUGUUAGACACAUAUAUCCACCUUUUGCCUCAAUGUCUGGAUAUUGUAUGAUAUUGCAUCAUUCUUCCGCCGACCUUGUGAUCUGAUGUGCCCUGCUUGUCGUCUGACCACCAAGUGUGGUCUCGUGUUCGUACCUGGAAAGACAAGUUCCGGGUCGAAAUGCAAUGCAUGUGAAACUGCAAGGACAAGACCAUUCCACUGCCUG